AUGGAAGGUGAUGUGAACUGUGUGGUUUGGGAUGCGUCUUUAGUUCUUGCCAAGUAUCUAGAAACAAUGUGCCAACACAAAUCAGACUUUCUAAGUGGUAUUAAAGUUUUAGAGUUAGGAUCUGGACUAGGAGUUGUUGGACUAACUGCAGCUACUUUGGGUGCACAAGUAACACUUACAGAUUUACCAGAAGCUUUGCCUUUGUUAAAGUUAAAUAUAAAUGAAAAUAAAGCAAAGAUUGGCAGUAUGGGUGGAUAUGCAAUAGCAGAAUCAUUAGUUUGGGGUGAGAGCAGCGCUAUUCUAUUUGAAGAGUUUGAUAUGAUUGUUUUAGCUGAUUGUAUUUAUUAUGAAGAGGCUGUUGAUCCAUUAGUAGAAACAUUGAAAAACUUUAGCAAUGCAUCAAGCCAUCCAGUCAUUUAUUUAACGCAAGAAUUAAGAGAUACCAAACUUCAAAAAAGUUUAUGGCACUCAUUUUACGAAAAACUUAUAAAUAGUUUUUCUGUGGUAAAAAUUCCUGAAGAAGAACAGCAUUCUAAUUACCGAAGUCCUGAUAUAGUAUUACUUAAGCUGACUAAAAAACAAUAG